AGCUUUUUAUUCGCUCCGAAAAAAUUCAAAAGUGAACGUCUUGUGCAGAUAAAACUAAACUAAAUCCCCAAAAAUGGCUUUCGUUGGCAAGAAGUACAAGCUGGACAAGUCCGAGAACUUCGAUGAGUACAUGAAGGAGCUGGGCGUCGGUCUGGUGACCCGCAAGAUGGGCAACAGCCUGAGCCCCACCGUGGAGGUGACCUUGGAGGGCGAUACCUACACCCUGACCACCACCUCCACCUUCAAGACGUCGGCCAUCAGCUUCAAGCUGGGCGUUGAGUUCGACGAGGAGACCCUCGAUGGACGCAACGUGAAGAGCAUCAUCACCCUGGAUGGCAACAAGCUGACGCAGGAGCAGAAGGGCGACAAGCCCACCACCAUUGUCCGCGAGUUCAACGACGGCGAGCUGAUCACCACCCUCACCAUCGGCAGCAUCAAGUGCGUGCGCACCUACAAGGCCGUCUAAGAGCCCGGCAUCUGUCCACGACUGAUCUAUAACUUUAACCAUUGCAACUAACUCAGAUAGCCACUAUUGUUAUUGACUAACAGUGAACUAAACUAAACCAAAAGGAAGUGCACGCUCAGCCCAAUGUUAAUUUAUAAUCGCACCCGUACACCCGCAGUCGGUGUAGGUGAGGUGCCCCUCACUCUCUUGGGGGACCAAAUUCCAAAUGCAUUUGAAUAAACUAUUACACUGAAGUGCUUUUUAAA